AUGGACUCGACAGGACGACUGCGCUGGAAUGUGGGUGUGCAUCCACGGUAUACACCCGGAAAUGUUCAUGUAUCGCGUCGUCCCCUCCCCAGUGCUUAUUCGCGCAAUAGGGUUAUCCCACUCGAGACCACCCCCAGUCAUCCCAACAACAUUCAGCCUUCCAACAUCAACAACCAGCCUUCGCAGACCUCUGCAGCCAGUGACGGAGACCACCUGGAUAUCGGGGCGCAACUCGAGAUGGCUGAAGCUACACCGGACAACCGUCCCGCCCAUUCGGCAUUUGGCAAGUACCAAAAGAUCUUCAUUGUCGUGAUGGUUACUCUGGCUUCGUUCUUCUCUCCUCUCUCUGGUCAAAUUUACUACCCGGUCAUGCCAACCCUCGUCAAGAACUAUCACCUCACCACUGCGCUGGUCAAUCUGACUAUUACCACCUACAUGAUCCUUCAAGGCCUUGCACCGAGCUUCAUGGGUACCUUUGCAGAUAACGGGGGUCGUCGUCCGGCAUAUAUUGUCGCAUUCGCCAUCUACACCGUUGCCAAUAUCGGCCUCGCACUGCAGAAUAGCUUCGCCGCACUACUGGUGCUCCGCUGCGUCCAGAGUGCCGGCAGUAGUGGUACAGUUGCCUUUGGCUAUGGGGUUAUCGCCGAUAUUGCGACUCCCGCAGAGCGUGGCAAGUACAUCGGACCCAUGUCUGCGGGUGUGAUGGUUGCGCCAGCUCUCGGCCCGGUCAUCGGUGGUCUGCUAUCUAAAUUCCUCGGCUGGCGCAGCGUCUUCUGGUUCCUCGUCAUCGUCAGUGGCGGAUAUCUGAUUGUCUACAUGAUUGCUAUGCCGGAGACGGCGCGUGAAAUUGUCGGAAAUGGCAGCUUGCCGCCAAAGGAGUCCUGGCGGAUGUCGUUGAUCCAGUAUCUAUCUUCUCGGUUUUAUGGACAGACGGCGGCGAAUGAGACAAAUCAAGAGGAAUCAGAGCAUCAGCCGCGCUCUUCGAAGCUCAAAUUCCCGAAUCCGCUCACGUCUUUCGCUAUCUUACUCGAGAAAGAUGCGUUGAUCAUUAUCUCUUACGUUGGACUGGUCAUGUUCGGCAAUAUCGCCUUGCUCACCAGCACGCCCAAUCUAUUCCCUCGGCUAUACGGGUUCAACGAGCUUCAAGUUGGCUUGUGUUUCCUUCCCCUCGGCGUCAGCGCCUGCAUCAGCGCCGUUCUCAACGGCAAACUAGUCGACUACAACUACAAACGCAUCGCCAAUAAGCUCAAUCUCCCCAUCGACCGCAAAAAAGGCGAUGAUCUCCGCAAUUACCCCAUCGAACGAGCUCGGCUACAGUGCGUCUUCCCUCUCAUGGCAGUCGGAUGUGCAGCUUUCAUUCCAUACGGAUGGACCCUUCAACAACACACAAGCCUAGCAGCGCCCCUUGUCCUCCAAUUUAUCAUCGGAUUCUGUUUCAUCGCCUCGCUGAAUACUCUCAACACCCUCCUGGUAGACCUCUUCCCGGACCGCGCUGCCACCGCCGCUGCGGCGUGCAAUCUCGUACGUUGCUGGCUGGGAGCCGUUGGCGCCGCGGUGAUUGAUCAGAUGCUGUCGGGUAUGGGAUGGGAAUGGACGUUCUUCUUCUUGGGCUUGUGCAUGGCCGUUGCUAUGGGCUUACUCUGGGUAGAGCUGAUGUAUGGCAUGCACUGGAGACAGACUCGACUGGAUGUGAUUGAGCGAAAGAAGGCUCAACGAGCCGAGCAGGCCACAGACACGGAGGCUCAGCUCGGUGUGAAGAGUGACGCAGGCGAGAACAAGGCUGUCGAGGUCAAUGGGAGUGCCAAGUGA